AUGACAGCGGAACGCUCCCUUUUUCGCUUUCUCAACUGGUCGCAAGAAUGCGGACCGAAACAGCCGAAGAGACUGGGGAAGAAAGGGAAAGAAGAAGAAAAGCCGACGAGAAGGAGAACAAAAAGGAAGGAAAGAAGAGAAACAAGCGAGAUUGAGGAGGGGGCAGAGGAAGGAGAAGAGGAGAGAAGAAGCAAAAGAAGCAGAAGGAAAGGUGGAGAGGGGUCCGAAUGCGGACUAGUGCAGCCUCGGCCAGCGGUUGAAAAGGGGCAUUUUGCUCUAGGGCCCGGCGAUCAUGUGCCUUCCGGUCUCCGGGUCUCCCAGGCACCGAAUUUUAUGUCCGCCACUGCAGUCCUUGGGUUAAUUGCUUCCAGAGUACGGUCUGUUAAUCUUAUCCUCAAGCUUAAACUCUCCUGCACAUCAAUGGAGUUUCUCAGGCACGUUGAGAGGGGGUGUGCCCCAGAUGUGCGGUUUCAAAUUAGAUUGGGAUGUAUCGAUUUGGCCACUAAUAGUCGGCAGUUCACUGGUUCCGUCAAACAUGUUCGACCUUACUAUGGGGACUAA